AUGAAGUUAUCUGAGCGGAACGGAAUUUUUGAAUACCAAUCCAAACUGUCACUUAUGGAGACUCAGCACGCCAUCAAGGUGGUGAAGGAUACUUUCCAGACGGCCCUUGCGGCUAAACUCAACCUCACCAGAGUCUCUGCGCCGCUGUUCGUCGCCGCCGAAAGUGGACUAAACGACGAUCUGAAUGGUUAUGAGAGGCCUAUCUCGUUUGAAUUCAAGUCCAAAGCACAUGGAGUUAUAAUUCAUUCACUGGCAAAAUGGAAACGGUUGGCUUUAAAGCGAUAUGAUUUUCCAGUGGGCAGCGGUCUCUACACAGACAUGAAUGCCAUACGACGAGAUGAAGAUCUGAGUCCAAUUCACUCCUAUUACGUUGACCAAUGGGAUUGGGAGGUGGUGAUACGCAAGGAGGACCGAACCUAUGACAUGCUUAAGAAUGUUGUAGAGCGAAUAUACGAGGCCUUAAAGGAAUUGGAAGAGAAGAUUCUCAAGGCUUACCCUACACUCACCCAGAAGCUGCCGGAUAAAAUUACUUUUCUAUCCAGCAUGGGGAUCCGCGUGGAUGAGGAGGCUAUGGAGAGACAGUUGACGCUUUCUGGACAAGAAAAAAGGAAACAGUUGGACUUCCACAGAAGACUUCUCAAUGGUGAACUCCCCUAUACGGUAGGCGGUGGUAUUGGUCAAUCUCGGUUGUGUCUCUUCUUUUUGGAUAAGGUUCAUAUCGGAGAAGUUCAGGUGUCUCUCUGGUCAGACGAAAUUGUACAGGAUUGUUUGCAAAAGAAUAUUCAUUUGCUUUAG